AACACACGGAAGUGCUUUGUUUUGUUUUUUACACAGCCAGCUGUCAGAUGUCCCUUUAAGCUGAACAUUGCCGUUUAAACCUGCGGUUCAAUCUCCCACAGAUCGACGCAUACAACUAGUGGAAGUGGAGGUAGUUUAAUGUGAAUGCUGUCGCUUCGCCCCUUUGUUUUGCUCACCAACGGCUAACGGUGUCAUCGAUGGCCCCGUCCUGCUAACAGAGGACCGCUGAACUGUUGAUGAACUUGUUGAUUUUAUUAUCACAACAAAACCUUUUGUCGUCUCGAUCCUCAUCAUGGUGGAGCCCACAGCAUCCGGCGUGUUCUGUAACAGGAUGCUGAGCAUGGUCAACUCCGAAGACGUUAACGCCAUCAUCCAGGCUCAGAGGCACAUGCUUGACCGCUUUGAGAAAACGAAUGAAAUGUUGAUCAACUUCAACGGCCUGUCUAAUGUGCGACUGCAACAGAUGAACGAACGCUUCCUACUCCACACUCGUACCCUAGUGGAGAUGAAGAAAGAUCUAGACAGCGUCUUCAGGAGAAUCAGGAACCUAAAAGGGAAGGUUGCUAAGCAGUACCCAGAAGCGUUCAGCAAUAUUCAUGAGUUCCCCACCCUGGAAGACGACGACGAAGAGUUUGACCCGGUUCCCCGCAGAGCUGCAACAAUAAUUACAACAGCCACCUCGGAGCAGAGCACAGAGUCCUGUGACACAAGUCCAGAUGUUGUCUCGCCCACUGUGAGCAGAUGCUCUGACGAUCUUUCUCAAGAGCCGCCUGACACGCCCACCUCCGAUGUCCUAGAGACAGCCGUCCUUUUGGACGAAGGUCCGGACUCCGUCCCUGCAGAAUAGAGCGAGCCGUAUGUGAAUGAUUUCCGCCCCUUGAGCUUCGACCUUAAAGCUUUUAGCAGGAGGUUAUGUUUUAUUUGUUGAUGUUGGCCUCCACGAUAUCCACUGACAUUUCGAGUCAUCACUUUGUCUGCUGAGGUUAGGGUCACAACUCUGAGGUUAGAUGCAGGGAUGAACUGUCGAUGAGGACUCUGGAUUUUGGUUGGCAAUGUUAUUUGUCCUAUGUCUGCACAGCACUAAAAUAAUGCACAUAAUACUUGAAGUUGUAUAGAAUCUCACUAUAGAUGUAUAUCUUUAGUUCUGACAGUAAUACUGAACAGAAGCCCUCACUCAUCAGGUGAUUAUAAGCAUACAUCUUUCAAGAGAUGCUCACCUGACCGGAGGAAGAAGUCUCUCAUGUCUCUGAUUAUUUGUCAUAUCAAAGUUGUUCUCAACAUGAAAACUAGCUUUUAUGGUCUGAGAAAACUUACUGUUUUUGUCAUACUGUUACCUUGGUAUCGUACUGUUGCAACGUCAUGCCCCUUGUUAAAGCUGGAAAAUGUGUCUUUUAGCUCAAUUAGGAAUAUUUUAAGCAGCUAAUAUUCUGGUGUUUUACGAUCCAUGCCAAGAAACCUCUUUGUUUCACUCCUCCACUGCACGGGAGCCAGGGGUUUAACGUUUCGUCGUCAUUGAUUCAGUAAACUAUUCAAGGACACAAGCUCACGGCAGAGGCUCCUCGAUACAGGCGCGGUAAAACCAUGGUGUGUGAAUGCAGGAUCAGAUCACUCUUUGCUGUCAAUUAAAGAUGCCGUUAUGGUAUGAAAGGGAAGUCCAGCCUACAAAGUACUACUACUGGUUAAAUAUGUCAUAUUUGUAAAUUGCUGUUUUUAUUUGGGUAUUUGAAAAAUGAUCUCCUCGAUAAGCAGAGACACAGUUUAGUGAUCAAAGUUGAAGCUCCAUAAUAAAAAUGAAA